UUCGGUUAUUUUGAUAUUCGGUUCGAUUUUACCGAAUAAUCAGCCUACCUAGUACAUGUAUACAAAAUUUUAAUUGAAAAGCAAAAAUUACAAAACAUUAAAAUUAAAAACAGCCAACAAAUUCAGCAAGUUACGCGAGGGAAUCAAUGCAAUUCGCCUCCCGUUUGGUUCGAAAACGAAGAGAAUAAUCGGAACUGUAACUAGGGCUCCUAAGUUGCAAACCAAUGUCGUUCCCGCCGAUGAGUAGGCCUCCGCCACCGCCGCAGCAGUUUUUUCCGGCGUUCCCUCCGUUCCCGCCGCCGUCUACUAACUUUUGGGAGACUAAUAAUGUAAACAACCGGCUAACAGAGUUGAGCGAUACGCUUCGUGUCGCCAAAGCAAUGGAACGUGAGUUAGAAAUGUUGAUCGCAGUGAAAGAGAAAGGGAAUGAUAAUGGGAUGGAUAACGAGUCGUUUCGUUGUUCGGUUUCUGAAUUUUCGAAUUAUUUGGAGGAAAAUAGGAUUGAUCUAGCUACACAAGAGCUGCGGUCGUUAGAAGGUGCAAAUGCUUUGAUAUCAAAACUAAGUGUUGAGGUAGAGCCGUUUAGGGUUUUGACAGAUGAUACGAGUCGGUGGGAGGAAAAAUCUGUAGCGCUUAGGUUUGUUAAUAAAAUAAAGAAACAUAAGAGAAAUAAGCUUUGGCGGAAGAAAAAGAGGAAGCGUGUUGCAGAAAGGGUUGCAAAGGAACGUGAGCGAUUUGAUCAAGUUAAUCAAGAAGCAGAUGAAUGGAGAGCUCGAGAGAUCGCCAAGGACAUUGCGAAGCGCAAGGUAGAAAAGAUGAAGGAAAUUGCCAAGCUUAAAGCAAAAGAGGAAAGAAAGAAAUUAGAAUCUGAGCUUGAACUGGUGUUGAUUGUGGAAAAAUUACAAGAAUUGCGGUCAAUAAGGGUACAGAAGUUGAAGAAACAAGGUCAUUUUCUUCCUGAGGAGGACGACAAGUUUCUUGAAAGAGUAAGAGCUGCAGUUGAAGAAGAGGAGCGCCAAGCAAAAGCUGGAGCUGCUGCUAGUGCUGCUAAGGAUGCCAUUGCAACUGCUGAGGAAUCUAGAAAAGUAAGUCAGAAUCAUGGUCAACCCGCAGAAGCUCGAAGCGCUAGCCGCGAAGAUGAAGAAAGUCAGGAACAGAUCGUUAUGGGUAAAAAUGCUAAAGGCUCGCAAGCGACUGUUGAUACUCGAAACCAAGGAUCAGAAGUACCAGGCCCAGGGAGAGCAUAUGAUUCCCUAGCAAACUUACCCCUCGAAUUUUAUCACUAUUAUCAUGGCAGCAAUACCGAUAUGGGGACUCUUAUUGAGGUUCGAAGAUCAUGGGAUGCAUAUAUCAGACCUGGAGGAAGCCGGAUACCAGGGCACUGGGUUCAGCCACCACCACCGGCAGAUGAGAUAUGGGCAUCUUACCUGGUGAAACCCUAAUUGAUCCUUGUGUACUGCUGGCUUGCUUCCUAGGCACAGAAGAACCAGGGUAUCCUGUGUUUGUAUAUGUUACAAUCUUUCACAUGUGUGUCAAGAAUUGAACUGUAUGGAGGCUAUAAAGGAUUGUAGAGAAGGAAAUGAUUGCACUCAAUCAGGCAUUCAAUUUGGUCCAACCAUGCUCCCAUCUUUAAUAUCAGAUAUGCUCUGGCAGGUAGGUAAUUGCUCAUUCAGUUGAUGGGUUAAAGGAGGAUAGCAUGCAUAGUGUACACUAUUUACAAUUUAUUGAGUAUGCAAUUAGAAAAAGAUGUAGCUCUAGCCUUACUUCAAUCCGCCUAUACUUUUAUGUAUUUGUAGUUGAUGUCAUUAUUGGUAUUUAGUUUACAAUAUUCAACAGAAUUCUACUACCUUCACUUGGUGACAUUGUUUUUAGUAUUUCAACUGGCAAGGAUUAUUUAACUCAGGAUUUUUUUUU